GCUCUGGAGGUGGGAGCAGCUGUGGAAGGAGAGGAUCCAUCUCUGGAGGUGGAGGAGGAGGAGGAGGGGGAGGCUCAGGUCAUGGAGGAUCCAGUUAUGGCAGUGGCGGGUCCAUCAGUGGAGGAGAAGGAGGUUCCAGCUAUGGAGGGGGCUCAGGAUAUGGAGGUGGCUCUGGCAGGAGAGGGUCCAUCUCUGGUGGUGGUCACAGCUCUGGAGGGUGGGGAUCAGGCUCUGGCAGUGGUGGGAGCAGUUCUGGAGGAGGAAUCGGCUCCGGCUAUGGAGGAAGCUCAGGGUGUGGAGGAUCAAGCUCUGGUGGGUGCAUUGGUGGAGGAGAAGGAGGUGGAGGAAGCUCAGGCAGGAGAGGCUCCAUCUCUGGAGGCGGUCACAGCUCCGGUGGUUAUGGCUCUGGCAGUGGCAGGUGCAGCCCCCACAGUGGCGGGAUCAGCUCUGGAGGUUGGAGCAGCUCUGGUAGGAGAGGAUCCAUGUCUGGAGGUGGAGGAGAAGGAGGGGGAGGCUCAGGUCAUGGAGGAUCCAGUUAUGGCAGUGGCGGGUCCAUCAGUGGAGGAGAAGGAGGUUCCGGCUAUGGAGGGAGCUCAGGAUAUGGAGGUGGCUCUGGCAGGAGAGGGUCCAUCUCUGGUGGUGGAGGAAGCUCAGGCAGGAGAGGCUCCAUCUCUGGAGGCGGUCACAGCUCCGGUGGUUAUGGCUCUGGCAGUGGCAGGUGCAGCCCCCACAGUGGCGGGAUCAGCUCUGGAGGUUGGAGCAGCUCUGGUAGGAGAGGAUCCAUGUCUGGAGGUGGAGGAGAAGGAGGGGGAGGCUCAGGUCAUGGAGGAUCCAGUUAUGGCAGCGGUGGGUCCAUCAGUGGAGGAGAAGGAGGUUCCAGCUAUGGAGGGGGCUCAGGAUAUGGAGGUGGCUCUGGCAGGAGAGGGUCCAUCUCUGGUGGUGGAGGAAGCUCGGGCAGUGGUGGAUCCAUCUGUGGAGGAGAAGGAGGCUCUGGGUAUGGAGUUGGAGGAAGGUCUGGCAGGAGAGGAUCCAUCUCUGGAGGUGGAGGAGGAGGAGGAGGGGGAGGCUCAGGUCAUGGAGGAUCCAGUUAUGGCAGUGGCGGGUCCAUCAGUGGAGGAGAAGGAGGUUCCGGCUAUGGAGGGAGCUCAGGAUAUGGAGGUGGCUCUGGCAGGAGAGGGUCCAUCUCUGGUGGUGGUCACAGCUCUGGAGGGUGGGGAUCAGGCUCUGGCAGUGGUGGAAGCAGUUCUGGAGGAGGAAUCAGCUCCAGCUAUGGAGGAGGAGAAAGCUCUGGGAGGAGAGGGUCCAUCUCUGGAGGAGGAGGAAGCUCAGGCCAUGGAGGAUCCAGUUAUGGCAGUGGCGGGUCCAUCAGUGGAGGAGAAGGAGGUUCAGGCUAUGGAGGGAGCUCAGGAUAUGGAGGUGGCUCUGGCAGGAGAGGGUCCAUCUCUGGAGGUGGAGGAGGCUCAGGUCAUGGAGGAUCCAGUUAUGGCAGUGGCGGGUCCAUCAGUGGAGGAGAAGGAGGUUCCGGCUAUGGAGGGAGCUCAGGAUAUGGAGGUGGCUCUGGUAGGAGAGGGUCCAUCUCUGGAGGUGGAGGAAGUUCAGGCCAUGGAGGAUCCAGUUAUGGCAGUGGUGGAUGCAUUGUGGGGGGAGAAGGGGCCUCAGGGUGUGGAGGAGGGUCAGGAUAUGGAGGAGGCUCUGGAUAUGGGGGAGGCUCAGGGUACGGAGGAAACUCUGGAUAUGGGGGAGGCUCAGGGUAUGGAGGAAACUCUGGAUAUGGGGGAGGUUCAGGCUAUGGAGGAGGAGGAAGCUCCAUCUUUGGAGGCUGGGGAUCGAGCUCUGCUGGCACCUGCAGCCCUGGCAGUCGGGGGGGAGGAGGUUGGGAUUGCUCCGGAGGGGACAGUUUUUAUGGAGGAGGGACCUGUGGAGCCAGGACAUCCAGCUGCAGAGAUGGGACUGAGGAAGGCGGGUCAGGAGGAGGGUGCUCUUCUCCAAGACUGGGUUACUGGUCUGCCUAUGGAAGUGGCUCAGGUUCCUCUGGAGAUGCUGCCCACAAUUAAAACUUGGAUGCAAAAUCUCACCAGUGGAAUGGGAUGAAGCCGUUCCUCAUUGUCGGGGGCAAUGGGGCUUUCUUGCUGUCACCACUGGUCUGGAUGGGCUGAGCUCUCCUGCACAGCCAUCUCUGGACUCUCCAUCCCGCUUCUCUGCUGGAUGCUGAUUUUGUGACGGUGUCUCUUCCUUCCUUGGGCUUUCUCAGGGCUUUUCAUCCCAGGCUGUUUGGAACCUCUGUCCUUGGCAACUAAAAGCUUGAAACCCUG